CUGACUCUGAAUCUGAAUCUGAAUCCGAAGCUGACUCUGAAUCUGAAGCUGCAGCUGCAGCUGAAGCUGAAGCUGAAGCUGACUCUGACUCUGACUCUGACUCUGACUCUGACUCUGAAUCUGAAUCGGAAUCGGAAUCGGAAUCUGAAUCUGAAUCUUUGGAGGAGGACAAGGCAGCAACUGAAGAGCCACUGAAGGAGGAUGUGGUGAUGGAAGAGGGUAUGGCGACCUCAGAGGAGGAAGACAGCGAAGAGAACGAUGAUGACCUGAUUGAGGGUGAACAAGAUGUCGAGAAUGAAGACAGUGAGACAAGUGAAAACGAUGACGAUCUGAUUGAGGGUCAACAGGAUGUCGAGAAUGAAGACAGUGAGACAACUGAGACUGACAGUGAAAGUGAAGAUGAGUCUGACAGCAGUGACACACAAGAGGUCAUCAGUGAGGAAGACAAAAUGGAGCAAAGCCUUGAAAGCCCAGAUGAUGAGGAGGCUCAGGAGCAGAGUUUAGAAACUCUCAACUCCACUGAAGCAACACCUGCUGACCAACAGGGCCAACAGGACCAGCCAGACCAGUCUGAUGACUCUGCCACCACAAAGGCCAUGAAUUAGACGCUCUGCACUGUGGAAGUUCAGCGACUCCAGUGGAAUACACUUGCCAUGACAACAACAACAACAGCAACAAGCUAAACUUCAACCUUCAGCUUCCUGUUCAAACACCAAUCAGAUUUAUUUGUCACAUGUAAUCAAAUAAGGUACAAUCCCAGGAAGUGUUUCGCUCCUUGGCUCGUCCCUGAUUGGUUGUCUCCACUUUCGUCAAACUCUGGCUGCUUUCCACCAUUUGACUGUCUGCAUCUCUUAAUCUGUCUCAGUCUCUGCCUGUCUGUCUGCCUUCAGUCUUCUCUGUGUUCACCAGUGUACAUACAGUCAUCACUCAUCAGCUGCUGAUCUGAGGUCUGCUCUGUGUUCACGCAGUCAUCGUUUACUGUACAAACUUUAGUGAAGGAGGAACGAUUGUCUGUCCACAGAGGAACUGCUAUUAAAGUUUGAACUGUCAAAAACUUCAA